AGUGCCGGACAGAGCGGCCCGAUGAGCUCCAUCGCAAGCAAGAGCUGCGUUUUCUCGGCAUCCAAACACUCCCGAGAAAAUGAAUCAGCUUUCUGGGCAGCCAUCCUCAAGAAGCCAUCGCUCGAUCCCAGAAUCCUCGGCAGUUUGCCCAAAUCAUUUCGAGUUUCCUGCAAAGUGCCGGGACGUGGUGUCGGAGAAAACCCAGGAAGAAAUGGCUCGUCUUUGAGCUCCAAGAGCGGACCGGAGGAUUACAACACUGUUAUGAAGAGAAUGAUGAGGAACCCAUAUGAGUAUCAUCACGAUCUGGGCAUGAACUACACAUUGAUAACAGAUGAAUUGAUCGUGGGGUCGCAGCCACAGAAGCCAGAGGACAUAGAUCACUUGAAACAUGAAGAGAAUGUUGCUUACAUUCUGAACUUGCAGCAGGACACCGACAUCGAGUACUGGGGAAUCGAUCUCGAAACCAUUGUCAGAAGAUCCAAGGAGCUUGGAAUCCAUCACAUGAGAAGGCCUGCAAAAGACUUCGACCCAGAUUCAUUGAGAAGCCAGCUUCCAAAAGCUGUAGCAUUGUUGGAAUCGGCGACUUCACAAGGGAAAGGAAGGGUAUAUGUGCAUUGCACAGCAGGGCUGGGAAGAGCUCCUGCCAUUGCAAUUGCAUAUAUGUAUUGGUUCUGUGACAUGGAUCUGAAUACUGCUUAUGACACUUUGGUUUCAAAACGGCCAUGUGGGCCUAACAAAAGAGCAAUCAGAGGAGCAACUUACGAUUUGGCGAAGGAGGAUCCAUGGAAGGAGCCUUUUGAGAUUCUUCCUGACUUUGCCUUUGAGGGCAUUGCAGACUGGGAGAGGAAGUUGAUACAGGAACGUGUUCGGUCUCUCCGUUGAUUUUGACAAAAACCGUCAGAUGGUAACAAUGAUCAGUUCUUUAUUCUCUGCAAAUCGCAAUAAAAGAAGUGUAUUCCACGGUAUACAAUCCCGACGCUUAUAAAAGAACGAAUUCACAA